AUGGUGGCCUGCGCUGCAGCAAAAAUGCAACAUGAGAGCUUCCGGUUUCAGGUGCCAGUUGUAAAGAUGGCGGACUCCGUGCUAGAAGUUGUAGGGAAGCUGCAAUCGCGGCUCUCUCUCAAUGCAGAGCCCAAAAAGGUAGAUAUGUACAUGAUUAUAUCGUUAAGCGUGCUUUUACACGGUGCGCUAUGGGCAGGGGAAAUAAGAUUGGGAGGUUACAAUGGAAAUGAUACCCCCGAGCCGCAAUGUGUUGGGUAGAUAGUGAGGGUACGUGGAGCCUGGCAGCAUGUCUUACUAUGGUAUCAAGGGGUUAUGUAUAGCGUCUGACACCAGGGAAAGUGGAUCUGCUAUAAGAGUAUCUGUGUAUUGCAGCAAUAUGGGACUUGGUGUGUAUGGAACUUUAAUUCAUACACGUUCUGUUUUGGAUGUAUCGAGGAAUACACUGCAUUCUAGAAUGCAAUACUUUCAUAUGCACCUACCGAUCUGUGGCUGCAGUCCAAAUACUACUUUAGAAAUUCUGCCCCAACUCCCAUCUGGUGGAAGUUUUGUCUGAUCCCAAUCGAGUACUAUCGUAUCGAUCACUCUGCUUUUGGGUAAAACUGUCUGUUUUGCAGUUUUGGCCUGUGAUAUGUAGAUCAUUGUAAUUCAACUUAUCGAACUAUACUGGAACAAACUUCUAAAACCUUGUUCCAAUGGUGCAUAUUGUGUCUAUUGGCAAUAGUGUUUAGCGCUCAUCUUGAUUGCUAGAGAGAGAAGAUAAUCCAUUAACGAUCUGUAAAACCAAUCAACAAAUAUGGGAUACAAUGUGGCACCCAAGUGUUACAUGAAUUCUUAAGAUAGUGUUUUCCAGGUCACCUGAAGGGACACUCCUGGCAUGCUUACAGCUUGUGAUUGGUUAGAAUCUUGCAGCUUAUGUUCAUUUGUGAAUCAGCUUAAUUUCAUUAAUAUCAGUUUUGUGAGGGGGGAAAUCAAGCAGGUGUAGGCUUCCCAUAUUCAGAUAAACCCAUGGUGGGUUACAUGAGAACUGUUACUUUCAUUGGAACUAGUUUCUAUCUUCACCUUGGAAACAUGGAAUUUUGUGAAAAGGUAUUUAAAUGUACGUACAUUUUUUGCAAGAGAAAAAAAAAUGCAAAACAUGUCAUUAAGUGACUGUUUUAGCAUGUUAAACAAAACCUUAUCUAUUAUAAUUGUCGUUCAAUGAUGUAUGGAAAAUUAGCAUUUGCCAGAGUUAUCUUCCAAUCUAGACAAAAGAAAUUGAGCCUUGUUAUUGAUAUGUUAAAAAUGCAUUCUUGGUGUUGGAGAAAUUGGGCCUGUAUAUCCCUGUCCCCUUAAAGUGCAAACAUUUGCAUGUUCCUUAUUGAAAGGCAGUGUAUGCUUUUAUUAUGUAGAGAUUAAACACAGAUUACUGUGCAUUUACGUUUGUUUUCUAUGCUGUAGUCAUAAAUAUUGCACAAUCUCUGGUAGAUUGAAAGCCAUAAAACUUUCCUGUGCUUACAUCAAUGCUAAACUCCCUGUAAUGUCUAUCUUUUGUAUAUUUUCAUGAUGUCUCUGAAGAUAUCUCUCUGUUGUAAAACCAUUUUAUGCAUUUGAACAUAUUCAGUUUAAAGGGACACUGUAGUCAACUAAACAACUUUAGCUCAAUGAAGUGGUCUGGGUGCCAGGUCCAUCUAGUGUUAACCAUGCUGCUGUAACUGCUAUGUUUACAUUAGGGUUAAUCCAGCCUCUAGUGGCUGUCUCUUUGACAGCCGCUAGAGGCGCUUCUCACAGUGAGAAGACGCUGACAUCCAUAGGAAAGCAUUGAAUGCGCGCGGCUCUUGCCGCGCAUGCGCAUUUAGCGCUGAUGUCGGAAGAUGGAGACUGGUUUUACUUUCAAUCAGAUGUAAUUUUCCAUAAACAAUUGUAUCUCUUUCUCUGUAAAUUUAACUUUAAUCACAUACAGGAGGCUCUUGCAGGGUCUAGCAAGCUAUUAACCUAGUAGGGGAUAAGAAAAUCUAAAUUAAACAGAACUUGCAAUAAAGGAAGGAUAACAUUUCGAUGGAUCUUUACAGGAAGUGUUUAGGAAGGCUAUGCAAGUCACAUGCAGGGAGGUGUGACUAGGGUUCAUAAACAAAGUGGCAGAUAAUUGAGCAGUGAAACUGCAGGGAUAUGAUCUAUACACCAAAACAGCUUUGUUAAAGGACCACUCUAGGCACCCAGACCACUUCAGCUUAAUGAAGUGGUCUGGGUGCCAGGUCCUUCUAGGGUUAACCCAUUUUUUCAUAAUAAUAGCAGUUUCAGAGAAACUGCUAUAAUUAUGAAUGCGUUAAACCUUCCCCCUAUUCCUCUAGUGGCUGUCUCAUUGACAGCCACUAGAGGCGCUUGCGUGCUUCUCACUGUGAAAAUCACAGUGAGAGCACGCCAGCGUCCAUAGGAAAGCAUUGUAAAUGCUUUCCUAUGAGACCGGCUGAAUGCGCGCGCAGCUCUUGCCGCUCGUGCGCAUUCAGCCCAGGAGGAGGAACGGAGGAGGAGAGAAGGAGAGCUCUCCUCCCAGCGCUGGAAAAAGGUAAGUUUUUACCCCUUUCCCCCUUCCAGAGCUGGGCGGGAGGGGGUCCCUGAGGUAUGUUUUCCUGGCACUAUAGUGGUCCUUUAAGCUAAAGUUGUUUUGGUGACUAUAGUGUCCCUUUAAAAUGAAAAACAUUAUAGUCAAAUUAGCUAGUGUGAGGAUUCAUGUGCGUAAAUCAUUGAUUUCAACUGCCCUAGUUCUUGAUUUAUUUUCUCCAGGGUGCUUUGGUUAGAAUGGGGACCUUCCCAUGAUAUCUCCUUCAACAAUAACCUACUCAGAGUAUAAAUUGAUAUGUUUGUAGUGUUUUUAUAAAUCUGAGGUAUGCUGUGUUUGUUUGCAGUAGGGCUUCUAUCUCCAGAUUAAGCAAUGCUUACACAUUCUAAAUUAUGGGAUAUUUAAUGAUUAAACGCUAACUGUAUGUAAUCAGCAGAUAACUUUAAAAAAAUGGCGCUGGAUAUCUUUUAAUUGAUAUUAUUUACAUUUAUAUAGCGCUAAAAUAUUCAGCAGCGUUUUACGGUUAUAGAAUGGGAUAUUUGAAAACGAUAAAUUGACAUGCAGAAUAUUAACAGACAAGAGAUGAAGGCUCAAAUAAGCUUAGACAUUCACGAAAGUAAAAAAACAAAACCUGAAAUAUUACCAGGUGUGUAUUUAUCAUUGGGAAAUACUAAAUUAUUUUUUAAAAUUUCUGUCCAACAGCGCAAAAGUUAAAACACAGCUGGCUUUGACCAUCUUUCCAAUUGAAUAAAUAUGGCCUAAUAUUUUAAAAUAACCCUGUAUAUUGAAGGAUAGAUGUUUCUUGAGUUAAAUUACUGCCAACCCUGUUAUCCGUAUAUUUAAAGGGCAGGGCAGUGGCAGACACAAUUCUUAAUGAAGGGCCCACCUAAUGGUUAAACGUAACUUAUUCUUUACACUUAAUACUCACUUCAGGCUAUUCCACCCAAAAGCUUAGUUCAGGGAUUUUCUUCUUUUUAUUUUUUCAGAGCGUGUGAGGAAUUGUAUAUAAAAUACAUUAUUAAAGAGCCAUAAUAUUUCUGUAGAUUUGUUCGGUAAAGUGAGAUUUUUACCUCCAUAAAGUGAGACCAGGAAUUCAAAGUAAAUUUGAAUGCCAGAAUAGCCAAACUAGAAACAGAAUAGACUUAGAGAAUUUCUCAAAUUUAGCCUAAAUUUUUAAAUUCACAUUGAAUACCCAACAAUUCUCACUUUAGUAAAUAACCCUGCUAGGAUUUUUCUUACAGGGUUAUUCACUAAACACUGGAUUUUGUGCCAAAUUCCAUGAGGAAAGAAAAAAAAAAAAUUCCGACUGCAUUGGCAAUCCAUUUAAGCCAAAUGCAGUCAGGAUUUGGUCGUUGCGGUUCUGUAACACUCGUUUGGAAAAUCAAUGACUAUCCGCCGAAACAAUUCACAACAAUGUAACCUGAGAUUUAUCAACGACUGCAUGGCAGCCGAUAAACGCAAUGCAUCGGGCAGGAUGAAUGUCUGCAAAAUUAUCAUUCACAUGUUUUUUUGCAAGUGAAUUGAUCAUUUGAAUAACGGUUUGCCCGCUAGCAGCACUAGCAAAAAAAUCCUUCGCUAUCACAAUGUGUGUGAAAAUUUCCAAUGCUUUGCACUAUUACCAAGAGUGUUCUGAAUUUGUUUACUAGGUAUCAAUCAGCAUUCUUGGUCAUAUUGCAAAGCCUGGUAUAUUUUACUAUGCUUUGUGAUAGCUAUCAUUCUUCCAUGGCUGAAGAUGGAUUAUUUUUGUUGCAGUGUUUUUUUAAAAUUUUUCUGGUGGCAUUUUAAAAAAAAAAUUAAAAAAUGAUUUGUGGCGUUGGGAAUUAUGGGAAUUCAUUUUAUAAUUAAUUAGGGCCUACACUCUGCAGGCAUCGGUGUUAUCUAGGGGUGUGGGCACUGGGUGUCCCCUCUAUAUUGUUAGCACUGGGCUCCCCAGUGAGGGUACAUGGAGCCUGGCAGCAUGUCUUACUAUGAUAUUGGUGAAGAGAAAUAACUUUCCUCUCCAUUUUUUAUAAAUAUUAGGGCCCCACCAGCAGGCAUGGAUGGGGGCCAGUUCCCCCCCUUGCCUAUUUUAUGAAUCUUGUCAAUAGGGUCCUUCCCCUGGCUCUCACCCAUGUCCCCCAGACUAUACCCCUUCUCCUCCCUCCAUUGCCCCCCCCUAAUUAGUUCACAUUCGCUCUUCCCAUGGGAUAAGACCUUUUCUAGUGAUAGGGCAUCUGUGGCUGCCUAGUUGCUAAUUUUUGAUGCUAAGUAAAUAAAUGCCCUGACCUUAUUUACAUAUAAUUAUUUGUUUCUGGUUUUUUAUUUAAUUUUUUUUUUUUUACUUUUAUAAUGUGGCGGCUGGCUAGCAAGUGCUGCUGAGAGCUUUUAACUAUUUGCCCGCUUGCUGCUAGUGCUGCCAACAGGCAGAUAGUUUACAGCCCGUGUUAAAUUAAUUCAGUCCGCAUUUCAGAAGUCCGGCAGAGUUGGCUCAGCUGAAAUCCAGAUUGAAUUUAGUCCCAUUCUGGUCUGGUUUUUGCAGCAUAGCAGCGUAACUUUAAAAAAAAUCCUCACACAAAAAUUCUGAAGGAUUCUUGCAAUUAACUAAGGGAAUAAAAAGCUAUAAAAAGUUUUCAAACGUACAGCACCAUGGAAUAUUUCAUGUACCUUUAACUACUUUUAGGUAGUGUUGACUAAAUGUACAUGCCCAGCUGGGUAUGUAGGUUUAAUUUAGGUGAAAUAGCUAUGUGUGGUUAUACCAUGUGAAGGCUUUAUAUAGUGUUUUACCCUUUUAAAACACAUGAAUUCAGCUGUAAAUUAAUUUCCUAUUUGGUAACAAAGACACUCAAUAUCUCAUCUAAAAAUACAGGUUUAACAAAUGCUGUUAAAGGAACUCUCCACUUAAAAGACCCCAAUGAAAACUCGCAUGCAUUUAAUUUUACACUUUUCUAUUUGAGGUAUAUCUAAAACAGAUUGCAAAAGCAGCAAUUCUCUUGUCUGAAGCAUUUGCAAGUCCUCCCCAUCUAACCCAGACUUUCACUGGCUGUCCAAUUGGAGACUUCCCAAUGCAGGACAGGUGCUCUGGGAAAUGGCCUGCUUUUGAGUUUAGCUUCACUGAGCUAAACUACUUGGAAGUAACAGUUGGUUGUCUGAUUGACACCCAGUGGGUGUAACAAGGUUAAUUUAUGAAAGUGCCACAUUCUUUCAAAAUCUAGGCCUUGUGAGGAUCUGGAGUGUCCCUUUAAGUAAUAUUGUAAGUGAAUUUUAAUGGGGAACAUUAUUUUGCAUUUAUAAUUCUCUCAUGCAAAUAUGUUGUGUAACUAUUGUUUAUUUGGUUCUAUACUGUGUCUUGCGUAUGAUUACAUAUGGAAAAUAAAUUAUUGCCAUAACCAUGAAUCUCACCACUGGCCUAAUCCUAAAAAAAAAAAAUAUCAAUGUCCAGUAGAUGUACUUCAAAUGACAACAUACACACCUUUUAAUUAUGCAUUUUGUUAAUUGGGGUUUCAUCAAAAUCUGCAAAUCUGGUGCUUUGAAGCCUUUGUAAACCCGCCCAGGUUUUUUUGUGACUGUUUAAUCACAGAUUUUUCAAUGCAUCUCGGUAAGAAGUCUUUACAAGGCAGGUGCUCUGAGAAAUUGUUGCCUCUUGAUUUUAGCUACACUCAGCUAAACAAACCGGGAAGUAGAUUGAUGGACCUCUAUGGAAUGUUUGAUCAUCACGAUAGGCUUCAGUAAAUCGACCUGAUGGUUUCACAAUGGUUCAUAUAUUAGACAGUUAUUGAAAUUUUCAGUGUAACAAGAAUUUUUUUUUCUGUAUACCGAAUAGGUAUUUGGGUGUCAGAAAAGAUUUAAUCGUAAUGUAAUUAAGUUAAAGUUUAUCUGUUAUAAUAUACACAACAAAGGCUUUUCAUGUUUGCAUUGAGGUGAUACAAUGCAAUAUUUGAAUGAGAGAUACUUUUGCAGGGGCUCUCUGGAUUGAAAUUCAUUACUGUGUGUGCUUGGAAUUCUUCCACAGUAAAUUUCAGUUAAAAUAAAUAAAUAAAUUACUAAUCUAAAUUUUAAAAAAGACAAGUAUUACCACAAGUACAACACUUGUUAUACUUGUUGCAAUACUACAAGUACAGGAUUCUGCAUAACAUUUUUAUUUUUUUGCUAAAGCACAUGCAAAAAAUAAAUUUAAAUACAGUAUAUAAGUUAAGCCAUCAUAUGCCCUAAGGGGUUCACUUCAGUGAUUUGACGUGUCACGACGCCUUUACACCAUGAAAUGCUUCCAAUACAGAGUUCAAAGGGACACUAUAGGCAGCUAGACCACUUCAUCUCAUUGAAGUGGUCUGUGUGCACUGUCCCUGGCCCCCUUAGUUCUGCAAUGUAAAACAUUGCAGUACUAAGUUUGCCUCUAGUUGUGGUCUACAAGAUAGCCACUCAAGGCGCUUCCUAGAGUUUCACAGAAUUUGACGCCUUGUUUUCAUCAUUUGAAACUUUUAAUAACGUUAUCACUGCACAACUUGAACCUACUUUUGCAUUUUAUUGACAUAUGCAAAACUGCUUGACCACACUGUUUGUGUUUUUCCAAAUAUACAUGACUUUGCAUAAUAGUUUUUUUGUGUGUUUUUUUUUUUUUUUGUCUUUUCUACAGCUUCAGAAGACCCUGAAGAGACUUGCUGAACUGCCAAUUACUGUUGAUAUCUUGGUGGUAAGAUUUGUGCGAUGGGGAAAAUAUACACUUGCCCUCCCACAGCUGUUUUCUUUACACUAAAUAUACUACAUGGAGAUAUUUUCCAGCAAUACAAGAUACUUCUCAUUUGAGCUUUUACUGCAGUGUUGGUGCCUGGAGCACUGUAAACACAGAGGGCUGGGCACUUUAAUUUAUCUGUGUCAUGGACCAAAUUUGAUUUUCGUGUCACAGACUGUGGUCAUUUAAGUUAGACUUAACCAAGUAUUCAUUCUCUGCGUACUGCAUGAUUCUAACUAAUCACAUCAGGCCAGAUCCUGUUAGGGCUUUGUGCAUCUUGUCUGACAUGUCAUCUAUGUUCUUCUGUUCCUGUGCAGAAAUUGCUUUCAUAAUCUACUGCUUUUAUUAACAGACUUGAGGUUUACAUUAUUUAAAAAAAAAAAAAUGAUUUCUGUAACCAAGACUCACUAUUUCAUUAUGUAGGAGACUGGGGUUGGCAAGACAGUGAACGGUCUACGGAAGCACGAAAUAGUUGGGGAUUUUGCAAAGAACUUGGUUGCUCAGUGGAAGAAACUUGUCCCACAAGAUGUUCCAAGGUGAGGCUACAAAUAUUUUAAAGUGUUUACCUUGUUAUGGAUUGCAUUGUAUAAUGCAUAAUAAUAAAAAUAAUGGCCAACAUAAAAACAGCAUCUCACUAAAAGAUUGCAAUUUACCCCCAAAAAUUCAACAUAUGCAGACAGAUAAUCCAUCUAAGAGCUUUCAUCCACACAUUCAUCUUUCUGAGAUGAAAACUGUUCCAGUUUUACCAGUUUGCUUCCAGACAUGCACUAUGUAGAGCAAAGUUGUGCUCUGGAUAUUUUGAGUAGGCAGUUUGCCUAUUUACACCUCUAUAAUAUACAUAAAUUGUAUUGAUUUUUGCAGUCUGCACUAUUGUCUGUUUGUAUUUGCUUACUAUUGGAUGCAUUAGAAUCUUGUGAAGAUGUAGUUAUUUUAAGUAUUAUUUUCAGAGUUUGAAUUGCUGCUACUUUUGUGCGUGCCUUUAAGUUAAAUUUUUGGUUGUUAUUUUUUUCAUACUGAGAAGAUCUACUCAAAUUAUGCAAUAUUUAAAAUGUUGUUCUUUUAAAAAAAACUUAAAUUCUGUGUAGAGCGGCAGAACCCGAAGAACGAGAGUCCAGCAAAUGCAGUGCCAGGAAGCGGCCAAGAUCUCCGUCUCCAUCUCCAAGAGAGGAUUAUGACGAAGAAGAAAUUGAAAAAGAAGAAGAACUUCAGUUAUAUCACCAAAGGGACGAAAGGCAUAGGACAAUGAGUGGUUCCCAUAGCAAUUUCAGGAAGGAAGAGGGUAGUUGUCAAAGGUUUUCUGAGCAGGAGGAAUCAGAUGAUGGGCAGAACUACUCCCCAGAACCUUCACAUAGUCCUGUAAAUUUAUACAGAGAGAAAACACAUCACAAACCAGGAAAACAACAAAAAUCAUCACAUAGAGAUAAGCACCAACAAGAAGCCAAGAAUGUAGAACCAGAGAGGAAGAAAGAGAAAUCCUCUUCAAAGGAGGCACAUCGAGACCAUUCAUCCCUUGCAGGAAGCAGCAGAGAUAAAUUGACUCAUGAAAGUAGAGAGCAGUCUGGUAAGAAGGAGAAGAGUAAACAUAGUGGGUCCAGAAGUCAGGGUGAUGAUCAAAUGGAAGUUAAAAAGCAAAAACACCUAGACAAAUCAAAAUCUGAGAAACCAAAGUUGUCUGUGGAUAUACAACCUGUAGAAAAAUCUAAGAAAUUAAUGGAAAGAGAUGAAGAUUAUUCAGGCAGAGAAAAGAUAGAUAAGAACAAGGUUAAAUCUAAAACUGUUGAGCAGGUACCGCAGGAAAAGAAAUCCAUAAAGAUCUCUCUGCCAAGCACAGAUCACGACUUGGAAGAUGAAUUUGAAAAGCCACAAAUGUCUUUUGAAUCAUAUUUGAGUUAUGACCAACCUCAGAAAAAGAAGAAGAAACCAGUAGUGAAGCCCUCAGCCACCACACCAAACAAGAGCAGCAAGAAGCCAAGUGAGAGCCGAGCAGAGAGCACGAGCAAGGGCGUCUCUAAACCUAAAUCCGAGCCAGCUGUAGCCAAGAAGGACAAGACCUCUCAAAAGCCAGUCACAAGCAACAAGGUCAGACAUGCAAUUAUUUUGUGUGGGAUUUUUAUAUUUUAUUCUGUGUGAAGCUUCAUUAGUGAUAAUUUAUUUUGUUCUAUGGAGCAUGUAUAUCUUGCCUUUCUCUUCAAAAAGUCUGUCUGGCUGCUAAAGAGGUCUCUUUGUCUCCUGAAUGCUCCACACAUUUGCCAGUCUGUGGCCUAGAAUAUAUAUUUUUAAUAUAAAUCAAUACAUUCUCUGUGUGCAAUAGAAUAAACCUGCAAGUACAAACACCAAUAAUUAUUGCAUGCAUUUAUUUUCCAAUAAGUUAGAGAUAUAAAGCACAUAUAUCGCUUUCUUUCUUGGACUCUAUUCAUUAACAAGGAUUUUGUCUCUAAUAGGCAAAUGGUAUCUGGUACUUAAAUGACCACUAUAGUGCCAGGAAAACAGACUCGUUUUCCUGGCACUAUGUAGUCCUUAGUUCCCCCCUUCCGCUGGGCUGAAGGUGUUAAAACCCCCUUCAGCUAACUACCUUUCUCCAGUGCCGGGCUCCCUCGGCGCUGGGGCUCUCUCCUCCUCCUGCCGACGUCAGCAGCUAAUGAGCAUGUGCCGCAAGAGCUCGCACGCGCAUUCAAACCGCCCAUAGGAAAGCAUUACUCAAUGACGUCAGAUUUUCACAGUGAAAAUUGCGGAAGUGCCUCUAGUGGCUGGAUUAACCCUCAGUGAAACAUAGCAGUUUCUCUUAAACUGCUAUGUUUUCAGCUGCAGGGUUAAAACUAGAGGGACCUGGCACCCAGACCACUUCAUUGAGCUGAAGUGGUCUGGGUGCCUAUAGUGGUCUUUUAAGGACUUGUUGCCCAAAAAGACUUUCAAUUCAGUAGAAGUUGGAUGUAUAAGAUAGCACAAGUUAUGUUAAUUUGAUGUAAACAACACUGAUAAAUUGUUUCAGAGGAAUUCAUUGACUCUGAUUUUGAUUAAUUGAAAUCACAAGGCUCCCCCUACACAUUUUAUUUAUGAGAACAUCUGGAUGUGCCACACUACAUAUGUGGAAAUUCACAAUUAUGUUAAAAGUAAACAAAAAUCAAUAGCAGAGUUUCUUUAAAUAUGUAUAGGACUAUAUUCAGUUGUUGAUUGUUUUAGAUGCAUGAUACCAUAUAACUUGUUAAAGGUUUAAGUUUAUGAUAAAAAUGUUAGCAUUUAUUUUGAGGGACUUGGACUAGUUCAGCUUUUUUCAGCUUUUUUUUAUCAGAGUUUUAUUACCAUGAAUUGUAAGGUACUUCUUCUCAUUCUCUGCAGAUUGACCAAGUUCCUGUAUUACCUGAUAUAGCAUUGCCUCUCAUACAGCCAAAUUAUCGUCCUCUUCCUUCUAUUGAACCUGUAGUAUAUGCACCCACUAAGCGGAAAGGUGAGUAUUGAAAAGAAAAUGUGUGUUUAGAUACUUUUGUAUGUAUUUGGGAUACAUAUGUGGAUACAACUGUACCAACGCUUUUAUUUUUCAUUCUAUUCUACAGCGCUUUCUGUCCAGGAUGAUGAUGAGGCCUCUGGAUUCACUGGGAAGAGAUUCAACUCCAAAAUGCAAGUGUACUCUGGAUCGAAAACUGCCUACCUGCCUAAAAUGAUGUCACUCUACCAGCAGUGCAUCCGUGUCCUAGCCAACAACAUAGACUGUAAGUAGUGAUAGUUACUGGAAUUUCAUUAGAACCAGAUUUGUGAUGGGCACAACUAAUAUCAGGGCAUGGGCGCUUUGCACCUUGUCAUUUUGUGUUUUUCAUAAUAGUAGUCUCUUUAUCGUGAAACAAAACCCCCUCAAAUUGACUGUAUUGAAUUUUCGUUAAAAGUCCUAUGCAAUCAAAAUAGGUUAUAAAACAAACUACAGAAUAGUCAUUUUUUACCAGGACAUGCCACCCUGGGCUUCUUUGCAAAACCUGCAUUAUGUUGUAUGUGAUAAAAUUGCUUUAAAUCUGACCUAUCAAUUGGAUAUUUUUUACGCGAAUCCAUUUAAAACUAUCCACCUAUAAAUAUUUUAUUUAUAGGUGUCCAUCUAAUCUAACCAAACUGUUGUAAAUGUAAACUUGAUGUUCUAGUAUUUUGCCAUUGGGAUGGCAAGCUAAUUUUCAGUUGAUUCAACAUAUUUAAAACAUAAUUAUUGAUUGAUUUAUUUUUAAAUGAUGGCUGUAAGCAUACAGUGUCAGCAAUCAGUGGGAUAACCGUUAAUAAAGCCAUGGACUUGCUAUUCCCAGGCCAAAAUAGCUGAACUGGUAAAAUUCUCAAAUUCUGUUACAGGUCCAGCUUUGGCACUUUUCUCCAAAAAGGAAGUCCUCAUUAGCUUUUAUAUACCCAUUCAACAUCAAUGAAUAAUAAUUAAACUGAUUUCAAAAAUAUCAGCAGAUUUAGAAUAAGAUCGGCAAGUAUCCCUUUAAAUCCAAAGGAAUGGGGGUGUUGAAAUGUGUUAACAGGUUCUGUGCAUCCUCAUUGGUUGAGGAGAUAUUUGUAAGUGAAUUUGUCUUAUAUUGAAGUCGAGAAGAUCAUGGUUCAGUUAGGAGGGGAAGUUAAUCUUACUGUCCACUCAUGGCCCAUAUAUUUUUUACUUCCUUAGCCUUUGGUGGCGAGUCUUAGUGUAUCAAAUGUUGCAUUCCUAAACUAGGCUCUCUUUUCAGCUAUAUAUGAAGUUGGAGGUGUCCCUUAUUCAGUGCUGGAGCCAGUCCUAGAGAAAUGCACCCCAGAACAGCUGUAUCGUAUUGAAGAGCAUAAUCAUGUGAGUGUGUAAUAAUUUAGUUUUUUUUCUGUAAUCUGUCAUAUUGGUAUUUUUUCAAAAACAGUACUAUUCUUUUUCUCUUGCGUGUGGACGUCAGGAGUUGCCAUCUGUAUGGAUAUUCCGUCUACAAGCAAGAUAAUUUUUUUAAAUAGUUUUUCUCUCCGAUUGUGUCAAUGAGUAUUUAUUUUGACAUAGCAGAAACUCACCCACAUAGUAUGAUUGUGGAACUGAUGCACAUCGUUAUGAUGUAGAAUCAUGUGUGCUCUAUCCAAGAUCUUCCAUGGGUGGGGUGGCUGGACAGCAAAUACAGACUCCCUACACACAAUCUACCCCCUGACAAUCAUAGUCAGCACCCUGCACACUCACCCUACACACAGUCACCAUGUCAUACUGUCCCACUCAUGCCACACACAGUCACUUUGUCACAUUUAACCCCCCACAUUCACCAUGCCACAUUCACCAUCAUACAUAGGCACCCCACCAAAAUAUGGUAACCCACAAACACACACUCAGUCGCUCCUCAUUCACACACACAAGUCACUGUCUUGCUAUAAACACAAAGCAAACAUCAAGACCACAAGCAGUGCUGUCAUAAACCCAACAUACUGCAAGCAGCUCCCACACACACAUACUCUCCCAGACACACUCCAGACAGUUAUACAAGCACACAGAUAUAUACUCACUUAUGCACAAGGAUACUCGCUACAAGACACAUUCAUAGACACAGACACCGUUACAUGUAUACAGAUACUUGGGUUUAAUUACUUUGAUGUGUAACUGUCAUAUCUGAAUUGUUAGUAAAGACUGUGUUUUUGUGCAGGUGCUGACUGAAGAUACGGAUCGCCUCUGGAUGAAUCACUGUCAGAGAGACUUCAAGAAAGAUAAUCCAGAGGAGUUCGAGUCUUGGAGAGAGUUGUAUCUUCGUCUUCAUGAAGCUCGGGAGGAACGGUUGCGAUUGUUGACCCAGAACAUCCGUUCUGCUCAUGCCAAUAAGCCUAGAGGUAAGAGAAAAUAGCGAAGGGUCAUACAGCUGUGCAACUCAUCACCUGUAACAAUUUGAAUUAAUCAGAAGAUUGUAAACUUUUUUCUGUGCUUUACGUUUUUUUUUGUUUUGUUUUUAUUCUUUAUUUUUGAGUGCAGAGUCCAGACAGCGUGAAGACAGUAGUAGAGAGUAAUCCCCAAGGCCACACUCCCAAAAAUCAUAGCUACAUUGCCCGUUCUGCUCAAAGUAUAGAUAGGGUUAUGUGUGUGGAGUAGUAAUGCUUAUUGUAAAAGAGCAAACCUAAAAAGAGUAAACAUAUAGAGAAUAAACAUUAGAAACCCAUUAUGUUGCGGCAGCAAACAGUUUAGUGGCGGGGUAGGGUUUAACCCCGUUCAGAGAGUCCAUCUUCAGCCUAUUCCCUGGUUGGGAGGUGCAUGGAGGCUGUCGGGGGGCACUACAAGGCAAGAGUCGAGCGUGGGAGCCCUCCAGUCCCAGGCAUUAGAAAAGACUGGCAUCACAAGGCCACAGACUCAAAUUCUCCAACACGAGGCCAAGUCUCUCCCUUUCAACGGACGGCCGAAGCUCCUGGUAGUGCGUCGCCGCCAGCGGCGGUGGUACUUCAGCCUCCGUGGCAAAUGCAAGGAUAUUCUAUCCCUGAUGGUCUUACGCCCAGGAGGGCCUGAUGGAGUAUUUCCAGAUGCUUGAUGGGGGGGGGGGAGGUGCGCCCUGAGGGGACCCGCUCAUCCCCUGCAGAUCGGUGCCAUGCCCUUUCACCUGUAUCUGGUGCGAUGUCUCCGUUUCACAAGCCUCCAUUUUCGCCCAGGAUCUUGCCAGGAUCGUGUCUACGUUUAGUAGUAGUCGCUCAAUGGGGCCCGGCAUGGGUCUCGCUGAGUGUGGUUUGUUAGGCUGAAUGAAGUUGAGCGCUGCUGCCAUUUUACCCGUGCUUGCGUUGGCUCGAAUGUGUAGCAGGUUAGCAGUGUGUUGCCAGCUGGGUUGGAUGGAGCGUGGCAGGGGAAACAGAGAUGACCCCCACCGGUCCAGAAAGGGGGUGGGGGGUGGGAAGCCUGUCGCCAGACUCACUGUGCCAGGUAAAGGACUCUGAGAGCGGCCGUCUCUCUGGAGCCCACGCUUGUGUAGGCCGCAAGCCUCAGUGUCAGCGUUUCAGUAGGUGAGGUGACAGUUUGGUGUCGCUGGUUGCGCUGUUGUUCCCUUUACUAGGACAACUUCGGCACUGGUUCAGAUGAGCAAGCGGCCCGGCUUUAUCGUCGAAUUUCUGACCCGGUUUGUGGAGCUCAGGCGAUGCACGUCUUGUCAGCUCGGCAUCCAGGCCCCACCCCCGUGCUCUUAACGUUUUUUAACAUCUUCAUGGCAGAUUAUUUAACAGUUCAAGGAUGAUAUUAAAGGAUUUGCCUGACCCCUUGUCAAGAAGUAAUUAAGGGGGGCUCAUCGCUAGGUUACAAUACCUUGUAUUAAUCACCAACACAUACUUAUUGGCAGUCAGUAAUUGCUUGUAUUGUUUGGAUCUAAAUUGUCCCCUGAUUUAAACCAUAAGAUGACCUUCAAAAGAAGAAAGGGUAUUUGAGGAGUAAUUUCUUCAAAAAAUUGCUGAUCUGCAUUCUCUCUAGAGAAACCGUGUCAAUUAUUGUUACACUCCCAAAAUACUACCUGCUGCCAUUCUAAUGAUAAUGUAUAAUGAAAUAUCUGCUGCCUGAGACUGUAAUUUCCACAAAUCUGAGACAGCAAUGGCACAUGUAUGCCCCAGUGCUGCUUUUACAGUAAAGUCCUUCCCUUAACCUUAAUACAGGGAGUGCAGAAUUAUUAGGCAAGUUGUAUUUUUGAGGAUUAAUUUUAUUAUUGAACAACAACCAUGUUCUCAAUGAACCCAAAAAACUCAUUAAUAUCAAAGCUGAAUAUUUUUGGAAGUAGUUUUUAGUUUGUUUUUAGUUAUAGCUAUGUUAGGGGGAUAUCUGUGUGUGCAGGUGACUAUUACUGUGCAUAAUUAUUAGGCAACUUAACAAAAAACAAAUAUAUACCCAUUUCAAUUAUUUAUUAUUACCAGUGAAACCAAUAUAACAUCUCAACAUUCACAAAUAUACAUUUCUGACAUUCAAAAACAAAACAAAAACAAAUCAGUGACCAAUAUAGCCACCUUUCUUUGCAAGGACACUCAAAAGCCUGCCAUCCAUGGAUUCUGUCAGUGUUUUGAUCUGUUCACCAUCAACAUUGCGUGCAGCAGCAACCACAGCCUCCCAGACACUGUUCAGAGAGGUGUACUGUUUUCCCUCCUUGUAAAUCUCACAUUUGAUGAUGGACCACAGGUUCUCAAUGGGGUUCAGAUCAGGUGAACAAGGAGGCCAUGUCAUUAGAUUUUCUUCUUUUAUACCCUUUCUUGCCAGCCACGCUGUGGAGUACUUGGACGCGUGUGAUGGAGCAUUGUCCUGCAUGAAAAUCAUGUUUUUCUUGAAGGAUGCAGACUUCUUCCUGUACCACUGCUUGAAGAAGGUGUCUUCCAGGAACUGGCAGUAGGACUGGGAGUUGAGCUUGACUCCAUCCUCAACCCGAAAAGGCCCCACAAGCUCAUCUUUGAUGAUACCAGCCCAAACCAGUACUCCACCUCCACCUUGCUGGCGUCUGAGUCGGACUGGAGCUCUCUGCCCUUUACCAAUCCAGCCACGGGCCCAUCCAUCUGGCCCAUCAAGACUCACUCUCAUUUCAUCAGUCCAUAAAACCUUAGAAAAAUCAGUCUUGAGAUAUUUCUUGGCCCAGUCUUGACGUUUCAGCUUGUGUGUCUUGUUCAGUGGUGGUCGUCUUUCAGCCUUUCUUACCUUGGCCAUGUCUCUGAGUAUUGCACACCUUGUGCUUUUGGGCACUCCAGUGAUGUUGCAGCUCUGAAAUAUGGCCAAACUGGUGGCAAGUGGCAUCGUGGCAGCUGCACGCUUGACUUUUCUCAGUUCAUGGGCAGUUAUUUUGCGCCUUGGUUUUUCCACACGCUUCUUGCGACCCUGUUGACUAUUUUGAAUGAAACGCUUGAUUGUUCGAUGAUCACGCUUCAGAAGCUUUGCAAUUUUAAGAGUGCUGCAUCCCUCUGCAAGAUAUCUCACUAUUUUUGACUUUUCUGAGCCUGUCAAGUCCUUCUUUUGACCCAUUUUGCCAAAGGAAAGGAAGUUGCCUAAUAAUUAUGCACACCUGAUAUAGGGUGUUGAUGUCAUUAGACCACACCCCUUCUCAUUACAGAGAUGCACAUCACCUAAUAUGCUUAAUUGGUAGUAGGCUUUCGAGCCUAUACAGCUUGGAGUAAGACAACAUGCAUAAAGAGGAUGAUGUGGUCAAAAUACUCAUUUGCCUAAUAAUUCUGCACUCCCUGUACAUUACAGGCAGUAUUUUAUAUUGUAUAUGGAUGUGUUGAUGCACUUUAUAUUAUGUGUACAGGUUUACAGUUAUUAUGGUGGUUUGGCACGUAACACUUUAUAAUCUUCAAUGCACUUUCUCUUUGGACAGGAUAUUGAGCUGUCUUUCUAUAAAUAAUAUCAGAAAGUAUUACUUUACUGAGAGGGUAGUGGAUGCAUGGAAAAGCCUUCCAGCUGAAGUGGUAGAGGUUAACACAGUAAAGGAGUUUAAGCAUGCGUGGGAUAGGCAUAAGGCUAUCCUAACUAUAAGAUAAGGCUAGGGACUAAUGAAAGUAUUUAGAAAAUUGGGCAGACUAGAUGGGCCGAAUGGUUCUUAUCUGCCGUCACAUUCUAUGAUUCUAUGUCUUGUCUGUAUAUUAGUUAUUUUUUGAUUUAUAGGUUUACUUUGGACUCUGCCUAUAGUGGCUAUGUUAUACUAAUAAACUUUGUGCUUUCUCUCAAACUGUGAGUGUUGUAUCAUUUGGUAUUUGAUAUAGUGUAGUUUGGGGUCUUUGGAGGUGACCCGGAUAUCUGCACCUAUGUUGUGAUUGAGUGCAAGCGCACUUUGGAUCUUUUUGUUUUUAUAAACAGUCCAGUCUAAGGAUUGAAAGAUUGAUGUUUGUACGCCUUCAGCACCCCAAAUAUGACGGAGUGUUAGGAAAGAUAAUUUAUUUGAUACAGACUGGGUUUUGCUUUGGAUUUAUAAAUACACUUUGUGUUUGGAUCCGAAGGGGCUUAAAGUAGCUUUGUCACCAACAUUUUUUAUGUUUCUGGAGGCUUCUGCGAUCUUGUGGGAUCCUCCAUAAACAUCAGCAUUGUACUGUUGCCCAUACACUAGAGUACAGCACGGACGUAGGUGCCUAGUGGACUAGCACAAUUAGUAAAAGAAAGAACAUGGUGCUCGUGGAUGUUUGCAAAGAUGGUAGCCGCUUCAGAUAUUGAAUGUACACAUUAUCAUAGAUUUUCUAAUGCAACACAAAGUAAAAUAUGCACAGGUACAGUGUUCUAUUGACACAUACCUACUUCUAGUUUAUAUUGUUUUCUCAUCGGCAGGUCGACAAGCUAAAAUGGCAUUUGUGGAUUCAGCUGUAAAACCACCACGAGAUGUACGCAGAAGGCAGGAAAAAUUUGGAACAGGAGCUGCUGCUGUGCCAGAGAAGAUGAGGUAUGGGAGAGGUCAUUGUACUUCAGAUUAGGGAGUUUUAUGUCUUUUUGAAACAGGACAGAACUUCAAGGCAAAAUAAUUGGAGAUAUUAAAUUUUCUUUGUUUUAUUAGAUUAUCCUACAGCUAUGGCAUGGUUGCAUUCCUCUACAACCACAAAUGACACCCCUGCUUUAUAUUGGGUUUAAUGUGUGGGGUUCAUAUUGCCUUUCUUAAUAUACUGUUCAAUGUAGGUCCGUGUGUGGGUGCUUUAAUAUUAAUGGUAAUUAAAUCUUGAGAACAUCUACAUUAAAGGACAACUUUACAGUGGGACACCCAGUUAUAUCAAUGUGUGGCUGUAAUUUUUUGUUUUUUCCCCUCUUUGUGUAGGUUUAAGCCUUUCACACCCGUCACUAGUAGCAGCAGUGGAGGGAACAGCAGUAGUAGCAAUCAGGUAUCAGAGGAUUCUCGAUUAUUUGAAGGACCAAGCACCAGUAGCACAUCAUCAACGCCUAGCAGUGUUCAGCAUGGACACAACCCUCGGAAACCACAAGUCAAGAGUAGGUUUAACUUAUUUUCAUAUUGUUGUUUGUUGGAUUACAAAGAAAUCUGGAAUUUAAAGGGAUGUUUUAUACACUAAAGUUACAGGUGUUCUUUGGUUGAAUUUUGGUGCAUAAAGAUCCUUGUCUCCCUUAGUCUGUUCAGUUUGCAAAAAUCUGCUCACCAUUUUGAAUACGUCCAUGAAUGUUUUUUGCUCUUUGUAAAGAUCUAAGUAACUUAUACAGGCUUAGCACUGCCAUGGCCAUUAAUAACUCUUUUUAUAAGAAAUCAUGAAUUGUGCUAUUCAGUAAACGGUCUAGAACCACACAGAGCUCUUGCUUAAAAUAUUAGGAGGACCAGGAUUGUUUGAGGAAUAUCAACCCUUUUUCUUAUUCCUUUUAUGAAAAGAGCCAUCAAAUUCAGAUGCAUGGUCACUAAUGUAGCUCUGGCUCCUUCAUAGUAAGUCAUGAAGGAGUCUUUCUCGAGCCUCCCCCAUGUCAGUAUAACCCCCAUAUUAGCAUAAGGGAGAUUAUAAUCUCCUGAAUGCCUCUACUCGCUAUCCUGCUAAGGCUUUACUUCAUAUUAGUAACGUAGGUUGAAAGACCAAUUUUGGUCUUUUGGCUUUUUAGUAGUUAGCUCCCUAAUACUGUGGGAAUUAGGGGCCUAUCUACAAUGUGCUGCAAGAUGCAGCUGUGGUACUGAUUGGAUCAGAGUUUCAUUCAAAAGAAAUUUCAAAUCGAACAAAAAGUCCGAACUUCAUCCUAACACGAAUGAACAAACUGUACACAUUCUGUUAGGACGAAAUUCGGUGAAAUCGCCUGCGCACUGUCUAAAUGACAGGAUGUUUGAACAGUGAUUUAAGCAAUGUGAGAAUACGGGAGGAGAGGUAAGUAUUGUGGGAAAAUUUCUUUGACCACAGGAAAUGGAGCAGACUUAAGCUCCUCAUUUAGUCAAAGAAGGUCAAGCGUGCUAUAAAUACAUAAGACAAAAUAGUCCCUACUUUGUCUUAUGUUUUAAAGAAAACUAGAUCAGAUAGAAAGAAAAGAAGAAUAGAUCCCAAGUGAGGAAGAGAAGCGGAAACAAUAGGAGAAAGGUAAGUUUGGCGUAACUGUUCCGCUUUAACUGUGUGCAGGGAGACUGGCACAGGAUAUAUUUUCACACUAUAUCCUGUGCUUGGAAUGCCCAUUUAACUUGUUUCCUUUGUGCCAACUAUUUAAGUCAGACUUGUACGCUAGCCCAAAUUACACAUAUCUAUGCAUAGAUCCUUGUGAAACACCACUCCUAAAACGCUUUCUUUGGCAUGAUUUUCCUUUUUGUAAUUAGUCUUGUAAUACAGAAAUGCAUAUCUGCAUAUGAUUUAUUUAGUCAUUUGGUUUUGUUAUAUUUUACCACAUCUUGAUAGAUAAUUAGCAUUUUAGAGAGAUUUCUUAUAUUGAUCCAAAGAAUUGCUACCGAGCCCUGAAAUUGCAAAACAUCUGUACGUUUUGUCAUCUGUUCAUGGUCAUUCUUACCUGUGCAUAACUUGACAAAGGCUCAAAGGAGUCAAAACUUUUUUUGUUCUGCACUUUAGGAAUCGACCGAUAUUGAAUUUUUUUUUUUCUUAGAGCCGAUUAUCUGUGAACUUUCACACCAAAGGCGAUAACUUACCGAUAACGAUAUUCUGUACAUUUACCAUUUUAAAAAAUUUAACUAUUUUUACACAAAUCUACUGUUAACUGAACAUGUUUAUUAUUUAUUUAUUUAGCAAAUCUUUUUUUUUAUUUACAUUUUUUUUAUAUUAGCCCCUUAAGGACGGUGGAUGGUCUAUGCCGUCCUUAAGGGGCUGGCUCUAAACACCAGCGGGUGGCAUAGAACGUCUUAACUGUUCUUGACGCCCAUGUGGCCGGCGCCAUGAGCCCGCUGCAGAUCGCGGUCGGGGGGCAUGCCUGGCCACCCAGGCAGCCCCCAGUGUCCAUGGUCUGCAACCUCUGAUCACAGUGACAGGCUGUCACUUCGAUCAGUAUUUACUAUGUGUCAGCCAAUUUUAAAAUCGGCUGACACACGUGGCCGGGGGAAAUGCCUGGCCCCCCAGGCAGUCCCCCUGCGGUCAGUGACCGCGAUCUGCACAGUCUGAUCGCAGUGACAGGCUGUUAUUGCGAUCUGAUCGCAGAGACAGCCUGUCAUUGCGAUCAGUGUUACCAUUUGUCAGCCUAUGUGUAACUGCAGGCAUGAUCCCCCUGCAGAUCAUGGGGGGGGCAUGCAGGCCACCCAGGCACUCCCCCUGUGGCCAAUUACCACGAUCUGCAGGAGGUGAUCACAGUGACAGCCAGUCACUAUGAUCACUGUUCCUAUGUGUCAGCCAAUGAUCUGAAAUCACUGGCUGACACUGUCUCUGCCCCUCUCCUCCCCUCUUAACCCCUUUAGGUUAAAAAUACAAUGUACUUAGAUCAUUUAUAUAUAUUAUAUGAUUUAAGUGUGUGUGUGUGUGUGUGUAUGUAUGUAUGUAUGUGUAUAUAUAUAUAUAUAUAUAUACACACACACUCAAACACCUUUACACAUACACACAAAUACACUGUCUAAGUGUAUUUUAAUAUUAAUAUAAAUAUAUAUAUUAAUGUCAACAUACACGUAGAAUGAUAUUGAUUAAAUAUAUAUAAUUAUAUAUAUAAUAUAUAGAAGAGAAAAAAUAUGUAAAUGCGUUAAAAAUAAAUAAUAUAUAUGUGUAAUUUCAUUCUAACUGUAUAUUGAUAUCAAAAUACACGUAGAACGAAAUAAUAUAUAUCUAUAUACAUAAGUAUAUACGUAUAUAUAUCACAACAUGUAUACCUAUGAAUAAAAAUAAUUUUAAAAAAUUAUAUAUAUAUUUAUAUUUAUUUAUGUAAUAAUUUUACAUAAUUAGGUCAUUUUAUUUAUUACAAUUUGCGGGACCUGCCUGACAACCCAGGCCAAAAGGGAAUAGAGAAUUUAAUUUACUAUAUUUAGCCCUAUAACUUUCCAAGACGCCAUAAAACCUGUACAUGGGGGGUACUGUUUUGCUCAGGAGACGUUGCUGAACACAAAUAUUAGUGUUUCAAAACAGUAAAAUGUAUUACAACAAUAUCGUCAGUGAAAGUGACGUUUUUUGCAAUUUUCACACACAAACGGCACUUACACUGACGAUAUUAUUGCUGUAAUACUUUUUACUGUUUUGAAACACAAAUAUUUGUGUUCAGCAAAGUCUCCCGAGUAUAACAGUAUCACUCAUGUACAGGUUUUAUGGUGUUUGCAAAAGUUACAGAGUCAAAUAUAAGGCUUGCGUUUUGUUUUUUUUCAUAUUGAAAUUCGCCAGAUUGGUUACGUUGCCUUUGAGACUGUAUGGUAGCCCAGGAAUGAAAAUUACCCGCAUGAUGGCAUACCAUUUGCAAUAGUAGACAACCCAAGGUAUUGUAAAUGGGGUACCUCCAGUCUUUUUUAGUAGCUACUUUAGUCACAAACAAGGGCUAAAAUUGGCGUUCAGAUUAGUUUUUUGCAUUUUUCACACACAAAUAUUAACGUUAACUUUGGCUAGUGUUUGUGACCAUGUGGCUACUAAAACAGAUUGGACAUACCCCAUUUGCAAUACCUUGGGUUGUCUACUAUUGCAAAUGGUAUGCCAUCAUGGGGGUAAUUCUCAUUCCUGGGCUACCAUACGGUCUCAAAGGCAACAUAACAGGCGAAUUUCAAUGUAAAAAAACUGAAAAAUGUACCAUGCUAUAUUUGACCCUGUAACUUCCCAAAACACCAUAAAACCUGUACAUAGGGGGUAAUGUUUUACACGUGAAACAUCACUGAAUACAAAUGUGUGUUUUAUUGCAGUAAAGGCAAACAGUAUUAUGACAUUCACAGUUAGAAUGUCACGUAGAACUAAAAGAUUAUUUUUUUAAAAUCUUAUUUUCUCCCCUUUUUUAUAUGUAAUUCAUAUUAAAUUAUGUUUCAUACCUAAAUAUUUGAUAUUAAAUGAAAGCUCUGUUUCCCCUGAAUAAAAUGAUAUAUAAGUGUGGGUGCAUUUAAUAUGAAAAAGGUGAAUUACGGUUGGACAGACAUAUAGCGCAAAUGCCAGGUUUUGUUUAAGUUUUGUUUUGAUCACAACGUGUACAUUUGGCUCAGUCCUUAAGGGGUUAAGGUAAAUGCACAAAAUAUAAAUGCCAGUCAGAAUUUAUUUUUUCAAGAAUAUGUGUGAGUAGUGGAUGCAGUGAGAGUAUUUGAUUAGUGAAUGCAGUGUGUGUGUUUGUGUAGUGGAUGCAGUGAGUGUUUGUGUAGUGUGUGUAUAUAAUGAAUGCAGAGUAUGUGUGUAGUGGAUGCAGUGUGUGUGUGUAUGUAUAUGUGUGUGUGUAUAUGUGUGUAUAUAUAUAUAUAUAUAUGUAUAUAUAUGUAUAUAUAUAUAUAUAUAUAUAUAUAUAUAUAUAUAUAUAUAUAUAUAUAAUGAAUGCAGACUGUGUGUGUUUGUGUAUGUAAUGUGUGUAAAAUGGGGGGGACAAAUAUUUUUUUUUUACUUUUUUUUUUAUUAAAUUUUUUUACAUUUAGUUUUAGUCCCUGCUUCUUACCUGGCCAUUGAGGGGGAAUACGGCAUUUCCUGGGGCGGCCAGAACACUUUUACUUCCCUUCCCAGGCUCCGCUGUCUAACUCUCGCGGCCAGCGUGCCGCCCAGAGCAUUGUCAUGCUAACCCGUGGCAACACUCUGACUGCCACGGGACUCGCGAGAGUGAGAUGGGGAGCUGAAAGGAGCUGCUGGGAGGGUAAGUGUGUGCUGGGCCCCCCAGGACCCUGAUGGUGGCCCUGGUUGGCAAUAUCUGUAUCUUCAUUGGCCAAUACCAAUAUUGCUGAAAAUACAGAAUAUCGGCCGAUUCCCUACUGCACUUUAUAAUAAAGCUGCUCGAUAAAGAAUCCACCAGGGGUGUCCUGAUCUACGUUGUGCCACUUCAUCUCAUUGUGCAGUGUCCCUGUUCCCUUAAACCAGCAAUGUAAAACAAUUCUGAUUUAGAGAAACCACAAUGUUUACUGUGGCGGUCUGCCAAAGUAUCACCGCCACGGAGACCUUUUACCAAUACAAGAACCCAAAAUAAUCCCCAAGGUAAAAUAGCACCGAUAUUCCAUAACCCCCAACAGAUGAGCCAUGGUUUAAUGCUGGGAGAAGACUGGUUUAAUGGCAGUACAGGCAUCACAUUUAUACAGUCAGAAAACUCCUUCUCUGUGCCUGAGAGAUAAUUCAGUCAGGAAGUGUGCUAAACUCUAUUAUCUCCAGGCACAGAAAAAUGUAAAAUUUUACAAAACUCCAAAAGUACCCCAAACAUACAUGGAAACCCCAGAAAAGUCACAUCCCUGGAUAGCCUGGAUCUGGGGUCGAACAAUAUAUCCAAAAAUCAUCCAGAUCCGUUUGUUCUGACUGAUCUGUCACGAGGUAGAAGCCCAAAAUAGUUCCAGGGAAUUGGUGGCAAGAGCCGGUCUCCGUUCGUGGGGUUUUGUACGAAAACCACAUAAGUUAGUUGAAAGCUGGUUCGUGUGGAAUGCUCCCAGUGUUCGGUAGUCUCUAAUUCCCUAACGCCGUUCUUGUAUAUGAAAUAGAACUGGAACGGGCAGCAGGUCCAUGAUGACCGGUGUUCGCAGGAGUGCCUGGUUGAAAAGAGUUCCAGGCACUCGACGACCAUGUCCCAGUGCCAGUGUUCGGGAGUCAAGAUUGCCGCCAUCCAUUGUCUCGACCACGUGCGAUUGCAUGCUCGAAAUGGUGGCCACCCAGUGGAGCAUUCUUUUAACAAGUUCCUUUGUGGUUUUUGUACAGGUACUUAACAUUCAAUGGUUUAGUGGGUCUCUGCGGUGGUCUCAGUUCUGGAACUGAACAGAAUAAACUAAACUGGGGGACAUAAAUCCAGACAAACAGUUGAACGUGUUUGAGUGCUCCUUCACAUUUACAUUGCAGAGCUAAGACUGCCUCUAGUAAGGCACUUCCUUGAAAUGAGUUAAUCCAGUGUCAAGCAAAUUCCCUAUGAGGAAAGCCUAUUGCACAUAUGGCGCAUUAGGUCUCUCUUCUCUCCCUUCCCCCAAAUCAGCUAGGAAUUAUUGUAUUCCUAUGCUAAUGUGUUCCUCAAAAGCCUUUUAUUUAAAAGAAAAUCUGAUCUUUGAAAAGUUAUAUAACUGUGGGUUGAGAAUAUAACUUUUCUUUUCUUUUCUUUUUUGUUUAAUCUGUUGCAUCACUAAUCUGUGUUUCUGUAUCUCUGUUGCAUAUCUUUGCAUUCUUUCUUCAUUAAAUUAUCCUUCACUAUUUUCAGAAGUUGCUCCGAUGAUGGCCAAGACUAUACAAGCUUUCAAGAACAGGUUCUCUAGAAGAUAAAGCAAAAAGAAACCAACAACAAAAAAAAGAACUGUGUUGCUUUUGUGAAUUUAAGUGGGGAGCAAGAAAAUACCCUCUAUGAAUUUGCAUCAGAGGUUCUACCAGCUCCAAACAGACCCAUCUUCCUCUGGACCCAAACUCUCAUUUGAUGCCAUUUGCAAAACAUGCAACGUCUUGUUUAUUUAAACGGUUUUAAUAUAUUCUCCUCCUCCUAUUUAUGGUCCCACUGGAUUCUAUUUUAUUUCUUUGACCUGAUGUUGGUAGACUUGUACUUACUACUUCCUCUUACUGUGAUAUUUUAACUGUACCCAGUUCUGGUCUAGUUCUGGCAACAUUGAGCCAGGUCUUUACUGUAGACUUAAAUUAUGUAACUAAAACACAGUAUUUGUGAGCCACCUGCCUACAAGGUGGGAUGUAAUACUUUAAACUAGUCAUAUGAUUGUCCAUUGGAAUGAGUUAAUAUUCUAGAAAAAACUAUGGGAUUAUUUGUAAAACAAUAGAUGUCUAAACCACUUCUUAAUUUUAUUUUACAGCAUUGGGUGCAGUAUACCUCCAUUUUUCCUGGAAAUUACUCUCCCAUUUUAGGAAAAACUUAGUGUUACACGCAGUUCCUGUAUUUUUUAUCUUUUUUUUUUUAUGCUUUGGGUUUUUAUUUUGUUUUGUUUCUAACAAGGUCUGGUGUUUUUGUAGCAGUCUGUCAUUGAUCUGAUAUUUUGGUGUUGCAGUGUCAUGUAAUGUUGAUUGUGGAAUUUUAAUUUUGCGCAGAUGUACUUUGUUCUUUUACCAACAAUCAAUAUGUGUUUACACACACCCUGCGAAAUGUUGGAUCAAGUAGGAUGGAAGAUAAAUUCUACAUCUAAAAGCAUCAGUUUUAGGUACUCUUGGAAUCCUCUAAACUAGUAUUGCCAUAUUUAUUUAUUUUCAUUUUCUUUCUUAUUGAAAAUAAAUGAGAAGUAUUGCACCAGUUGCCUAGAGGUGAAGUACAUGCUGACCCUGCUUGCAAUACCUCUACAUUCGUUUUUAAGAAUGUUUUAUGAGGCAGUAUAAACUAUAACACUCACUAAAACCCAUUGUGAUAGUGGUGGCUGGCAUUUGUUCCACUCUUGCAAAGAUAUGUCCUGAUUUUAAUUCUGUACACUGGCCAAGCACUACUGCCUGACGUCCUAUCACAUCCCAACACAGUGGUUCUUAACCUUUUUGGUAUGUAAAUUGUAUUGGCCUAGAAACCCCUUCUUUGUUUUUAAUAAAAUAGAUACUGAAAUAAAUUCUACAAAAAAACGUAUUCGACCUUUUCUAGUUUUAAAUGGUUUUAAAUGGUCCCCCAUUUUCUAGGGAUGGCCAUGCUGCUUUUGUAAACAGUUUAUGGUCUAACAUAUAUGAUCAUGUUUUAAUAAAAUGGGGCCUCUGAAUUAUUGCAUAGAACUCUCAUUAGGGUUGCUGCAUUGCUAUAUUUACAUAGGAUGCUUAUCAGUACUGCAGACUGUAGGCAGGGUUUAAAGUAUUUCCAACAAUGGGAGAGGUAUAGGGGAACCUGUCAAAAAGGGGAUCUUUAAGUGCAGAGCAUACAUGUCAUGCUGCCCUUUCCCCUCAGGUUUGUCCAUGCGCAUCACACUGGUGAAACACUCGGUAUAGUAAUUAUUGCAUCUAUUCCAGUACAUUUUAGGGAAAACAAACUGAGGACAGGGCAGGAGCCAAAAAGGGACGGUCUCAUUGAAUCUAAGGCUCUUAGGGGGAUAAAUUCAUAUAUGCCUAGUGUGAUUUUAGUAAUUACUGCUAUCCUGUCCCAAACACUACUGGAUUAACAAUAUCUCACAAUCUACCAGCGUCCUUAAAGAAACACUGGCAGGUGCCCAUUCUUUUUCCACCUGUUUACUGCUAUUUAAGGAACAUGUGUUUCGGAACCCGCACUUGCUGGCCGAAAUUAAUGCUACUUUGUCCUAUUGGUCAUUCAUUGCGACAUGACUUUGGUUGGGUAAGUGCCUAUGCUUGACCAAUGGCUACCCAAAUGACAGCAUUCAGGUGACAAAAGAAGCUGACGGUGUUUCUAUAAACAAGGAUUAAGAACCACUGUUGUGACAUGGUCUGAGCCAUGCCUGGGAAUUUUCCUUCUGGAAACCUAGCCUGUCAAUGCAGUUGUAAGCCUAAAAUCAGCAGCGGGUUCCUGGGUUUCAUGCGGAAUUAUUUUACUUUUUUUUUUGUAAAUAAUAUUUUUGUGGUUUCAAGGAGAUUGAAUAUUUUAACUAGACUGAUAUAUGCAAAUGGAUUUAUUUGGAUCUUAAUAAAAAUGUGAACAGUGG